AAAAUAAAGUGUAGUGAGGAGACGGACACGGAGAUUGUCGGCAUGUGAAGUCAUAUGACGUUAAAUACGUAGCUCCAGAGUUUGGCGUUCCGUUUCUUAAACCCGUGUCACUAAAUUGUCUUGUUCUCUGCAUCGUAACUGACCCUGUUGAAUGAGAGUCCACAAUCCCAAAAAAAUUCAGGGUCUGGUCUUUGUUCAGAGAAGUACAGAGUAGCUUUUCUCAUAUAGAAAGAAAGAAGAAAACCAAGGAAAUGCAUGCAAAGAAUUCUUGGAACCAAGCUACAAAAGAUUGUUGUGGUCUGAUUCUGCUUUGUGGGUCUUUUUUCCCUUUCAUUUUGAGUAGUAUUUGGAGGAUGAGUGUAGCUGAAUUUGCUUAAUGUUAAUUGGGUUUAGUCACUUCACAUGGUUGGUGAUAUUUGUUGAUUAUUAUGGCAGAUUUCUGGGUUUGCUUCGGUAUCUUCUACUCUCCCAAAACAAUUAAAUUCGACCAGUUUCAUCCAACUGAAGAGCUAAAUAUCGAAGCCAGAGUUUGAUUUUAUUCUGCAUUCAGGAGAGUCACUAUGGUAUGAAUGCAGACAAUAAUUAUGUGGUCUUGGGAGCAUGAGAGCACCAAACGUCCAAUAAAAAUAUAAUACUCCCUCGAAGAUAUUUUCAGUUCUAUUUGUUGAUGAUACAUGGAUCAAUCUUUCAAGCUCUUCGGCAGGUUGUAAGUUUGCUCCCAUUGCAAGUUCCGCAGGUUUGGGAUGAUGGCAAAAGGUUUGGGCCAUUCAGCAAUUUUAGCUCUGGUUGUUUUUUCAAUUUCAAUUUGCUAUUCGGAGCAACUACAAUCGUCUCAUGCACAAAUCCUUUUGAGAAUUCAACGCAUUUUGAACUUCCCUACUGUUUUGAGUAGCUGGAAUAGUGAAACUGGUUUCUGUAAUACUGAACCAACUUUAUCUCUUACUGUUGUGUGCUACGAAGAAAGCAUAACCCAGCUCCAUAUUAUUGGGAAGCGAGGCACUCCUUCCUUACCUAAGAAUUUUUCUAUAGAUUCAUUUACUACGACACUCGUUAAACUUCCUAGCUUGAAAGUCCUUACAUUGGUUUCUAUUGGUUUAUGGGGACCAUUGCCCGGCAAAUUGGCCCGCUUAUCGUCACUGGAAAUACUCAACAUAAGUUCAAAUUUCUUUCUUGGCUCCAUUCCACGGGAAAUUUCGUCUUUAACAAACCUCCAGACAUUAAUACUUGAUGACAACAUGUUCUCUGGUCAACUUCCAGAUGGGCUGAGUUCACUUCCAGCUUUGGCUGCUUUGAGUAUGAAGAAGAAUUCAUUAAAUGGGUCUCUGCCGGAUUCACUGGGAAGUUUUACAAACCUCAGAGUUCUUGUGCUUUCGCAUAACCAUUUUUCUGGUGAAGUGCCUGACCUGAGCAGUUUAGCAAACCUCCAAGUUCUUGAUUUGGAAGAUAAUUCUCUUGGACCUCAGUUUCCUCUAGUUGGUAGAAAAGUAGUCACGCUUGUACUGAGGAAGAACAAAUUUAGGUCUGGCAUCCCAGACAGAGUGGGCUCUUAUUAUCAGCUUGAACAGCUUGACAUAUCAUUCAACAGAUUUGUGGGACCAUUUCCACCAUUUCUGUUCUCCAUGCCAUCAAUUACUUAUUUGAACAUCGAGGGAAAUAGAUUUACUGGAAUGCUUUUCGAAAAUUUUCCUUGUGGAGCUUACCUUGAGUUUGCGGAUUUGUCUGCUAAUCUGUUGACUGGAGCAUUGCCGAGCUGUCUUCGGUCUGAUUCCAAGAGCAGGGUUGUGCUUUUUUCUGGGAAUUGUUUAGCUACUGGGGACAAAAGUCAGCACCCAAUUUCCUUUUGCCAUAAUGAAGCUUUGGCCGUGGGAAUCUUGCCUCACCGCCGGAAGCCCAAAGAAGUUUCCAAAGCAUUUCAUGACUUGAGCAUAAUUGGAGGGAUAAUUGGAGGGAUAAUUGGAGGAAUUGUACUAGUUGGUCUAACCUUCAUGGUGGUUAGAACAAGUCGUGCAAAGAAGAUGGUCAAAACACCUCCAACUAGAUCAAUAUCAGAGAAUGCAGCAACUGGAUACACCUCUAAGUUGCUUUCAGAUGCAAGGUAUGUAACUCAGGCUAUGAAGCUAGGAGCACUAGGCCUUCCAGGUUACCGACCUUUUUCACUUGAAGAACUAGAGGAGGCAACAAAUAACUUCGAUACAUCAUAUUUUAUGGGUGAAGGCUCUCAUGGUCAGAUGUACAGAGGCCAGCUGAAGGAUGGUUCUUUUAUUGCUAUUCGAUGCCUGAAAAUGAAACGAAACCACAGCACUCAAAGCUUUAUGCACCACAUAGAAUUGAUUUCAAAACUUAGACAUCACCAUUUGGUCAGCGCUCUUGGGCACUGCUUGGAAUGCUACUUGGAUGACUCAAGUGUCAGCAGAAUAUUUCUUGUCUUUGAAUACGUACCAAAUGGGACACUAAGGAACUGGGUAUCUGUGGGACAUGAUAGACGAACACUAACUUGGACGCAGCGCAUAGCAGCUGCCAUAGGGGUUGCAAAGGGUAUCCAAUUCCUUCAUACAGGAAUUGUGCCAGGUGUCUUUUCAAAUAACUUAAAAAUAACAGAGGUUUUAUUGGACCAGAACCUUGUUGCAAAACUCAGCAGUUACAACCUGCCUUUGUUAGCAGAGGAUAUGGGAAAGGUUGGUAUUCAACGUUCUCCUGGAGCCAAGGAGCUUAGUAAUGCAAGGUUUGUUAUAAAAUUUGCUAGUUCAAUGCAUAUGCUAUGAUUUCAAUUCAAAAUUAUUACAGAAAGCUCUUGAUAUACAGAGGUUAGUGGUAUCUCAUAGACAAUAAAUGCUCAGAAUGACACGACACAUGCAAGGUUUGAUGUACUUAAUUCCAUGUCCAGAACAUAUGCAUAUUUCGUUCUUUUGUCUUACCCAAACAAUUUCCAUCCACUUGAAAAAAGGGAACAUCAUAUUGCUCUAUCAAUCUACCUUUUAGUUGUCCUCUCUAAUAUAAGGGUCAUUGAUAUGAAGGUAAAAUUUUAUAUUGUUCCAACUAGUCAACAGGUAUGCUGAAUUUUGUGACUUCUCAACCUAAAUCUGCGUCACAGGAUCAAACAUCAGGACAAGUUUGACAUCUACGAUUUUGGGGUGAUAUUACUUGAAAUCAUUGUGGGAAGGCCAUUCAAUUCCAUGAAUGAAGCAGGGGCUGUGAAAAAACAAUUACAAGCAAGCAUAACAGCUGAUUCUGCUGCUCGAAAGAGCUUUGUUGAUCCAGCAGUUCUCAAUGCAUACUCGGAUGAAUCAUUGAAGAUAACAAUGGAAAUCUGCAGUAGGUGUUUGGUUAAGGAUCCAGCAGAUAGACCAUCCAUUGAGGAUGUGCUGUGGAACUUACAGUUUGCUGCUCAGAUUCAGGACGCAUGGAGGGGAGACUCCCAAAGCAGUGACGGGUCACCAAUCUCGCCUUUCCAGCCUCCACGCCUACAGCUCACAGUUCAACAGAAUCAGCAUUCAGGUAUAUGAGGGUCUAAGACGAAGACAGAAACCACUUGUUAAUCGAUACAAAAAGCUAUCGAACCCAAGUAUUGAAUUCUCUUGAUGCAAACGAGACCAUGAAACAAUUGGCCUGAAAUGUAUACCCUACUCUUUUUUCUAUUUGUUUUUCUCAUUUCUUAUAUUAGAAAGCACCUUGCCAGGAUGCUUGAUUGGCAGCCAUCUUUGUACUCUAAAGUGCAACUAUGAAGGGAUUGCAAGACAUAUAAUUGCCGCUGCUUGCACGUUGCUUUACUUUUCUGCACCAAGUCUAAACGAAAUUCCGGAAGCCACUUAUUACGACAUACUUUACCAAAAAAAAAAAUGUAGUCUGGUUUAGAUUAUUAAUGAAUAUUUAUGUUGAUUCAGAUCAAUUAAUUUGUAGAAUGGAGAUUCAUACAAAUUAAUAAUGUGCAAAGAACCAUAUUUGAACUGGUAACAAG